AUGGGUCGCCACUUUGGAGAUUUGGCCAAGAUCAGGCAUGUGAUUACCUACAGUCUGUCCCCCUUCGAGCAGAGGGCUUUCCCCAAACUACUUCUCCAAAGGAAUCCCCAACGUCUGGAGACGAUUCACAUCAUCCGUCUUCAAAGUUGCUCCCCGUAAGUACUCCCAGAGUUUGGACGUUGGUUUUGAAGAACCAGGCAGGGUGUUCCCUGUUAUCAAACAUCUCCAGCCAAAUUCUGGAUGUAUUUCUGCUCUAGUCUUGAUAAAUAUGGCCUCAUGUAGCCCAAUAUUAGACCACUGAUUUUAAUUAAUUAAUAAGACAAGGUCUAAGGGUGUUCCAUAGAGACAGUGUGUGUGAAGUCAUUGUGCAAUGACUACCUGCUAGCAACAUGUGUCCCGCGUCCCAAGCUACAGCCAUAAUCGGUAGAACGGUUCUGAGUGAACAAGAAACUAUUAUCCAGUUAUCCAGUUUUUAGAUGCUACCCCCCCACUCCCCAAAUGAAAACCAAACAUGGAUUCCAUGUUGUAUUCUCACUUUGUGCGCAAACCAGUCUGUUUCACACCUGUUUGUCUUCAUCCUCCCAAUAUGUGCACCAUGCUGCCUCCGACGGGAAGUAGAGGAAACGUGUGAGCGCAAAGCCAGAACAAAACAUUGCCAUCCAUAUUUUGUUUUGAUUUGGGGAGGGGGGUAGCAUCUAAACUGGAUUUAAUAGUUUAUUUUUCACUGCCCGGGCGACGCAAACUGUGAUUCUCCAAUCGGGAACCGUCUACCGAUUUUAUUGAUGUAGCUUGGUACACAGGACACAUGCUGCUAGCAUGUAGUCAUUGGACCAUGACUUAUCUCGCACGUUGUUGCUAUGGAAUGCCCUUAGACCUCGUCUUAUUAAUUAAUCAGAGGUCUAAUAUUGGGCUAGGCCUCGUGUAGGUAAUGAACAGAUGUGGCUGUUAAGGCUUCUACACACCCAUUUAACUACAACCAACCUAACCAUCUGUGGACAGGUGACAAUCUUCCCAGUGUGUAGUCUUGUUAGAUGUAGUUGGAUAGAUGUGUAGAAGCUUUUAGACUGCUGUUAUGCUUCCUAAAGCCAUGUCCAUUGCGACUUAGUCUACGAGAGUUGGUGCUCUGAGGCACACUGUCUGCCCAUGUUAAAAUCCCUGCAUCGCCUCUUGUAUCUUUCAGUGUACGCCUCCCAAGCCACAUCCCUGUUUUCAGUCGCUAACCCGUCUUCUCCGGUUCUUCUUUUCCAGCAAUGAUCUGCAUGUACCUGACCUACACCUGGGGCAACCAUGUCCACUCGGAAGGAAAGAGGAAGGUCGCUGCCGACUACAAGAAUGAAGAGUGA